ACGGACAGGUAAACCGCUGUACGGUUCAAAUUGAUGGCCGGGGGAAUAACGACAACAGAAAAUAUGCUGUAGCGUGACGUGGUGAGUUUUUUUUCUGACUUUAACGCUUUGUGGCUGAAGUAUGGGGCCGUUGUAGCCGGUGAAGCGGAGACUGGAGGUUUGUGUCUGGUUUUGUCUGCCCUCCGUCCCCACCGGUGGACAAAGCUGAAGAUACUGGAGACACCGACGGAGACAGGGCUGUUUUUGUGUCGGCUGUUUUGUCGGCGACAUGGCAGCGGCCAUCGCCAGCGGUUUGAUCCGGCAGAAGCGACAGGCGAGAGAGCAGCACCCCCACCGACCGACUGCCCACCGGCGGCGGAAGAGCCCCGGUAAGAAGCAGGGUCUGUGCAACGGAAACCUGGUCGACAUCUUCUCCAAAGUCCGGAUAUUUGGCUUAAAGAAGAGGAGGCUACGGAGACAAGAACCACAGCUGAAGGGCAUAGUGACCAGAUUGUUCUGCAGGCAAGGCUUCUAUCUCCAGAUGGGCCAGGAUGGAAGUCUGGACGGGACCAAAGACGACAGCACCAACUCCUCUCUGUUUAACUUAAUUCCUGUGGGUCUGAGAGUCGUGGCCAUCCAAUCAGUCAAGACUGGCCUCUACAUUGCCAUGAACGGAGAGGGUCAUCUCUACUCCUCGGAACUCUUUACACCGGAGUGCAAGUUUAAGGAGUCGGUAUUUGAGAACUACUAUGUGAUCUACAGCUCCAUGCUCUACAGACAGAAAGAGUCGGGCCGGGCCUGGUUUCUGGGCCUCAAUAAAGAGGGACAGGUCAUGAAGGGCAACAGAGUCAAAAAGACCAAACCAGCUGCACACUUCCUACCUAAACCUAUAGAAGUUGCGAUGUACCGAGAGCCUUCAUUGCAUGAUGUAGGGGAGGCGGUGCCUAAACUCGCCGGGGGCCCACCUUCCAAAAGCACAACCAGCGAACCAGUGGUCAUGAAUGGUGGAAAACCAGUCAGCAAACCCGACAAGGAGGAGACAUAACCCUGCCCACCCUUUUACCCUCCCCUAGCUGACCAGAGGCCAGGAAAUGCCAGAGACUCGUCCCACUGCUGCACGCUCAAAAAACAAAACUACAAUAAAAGGUAACAAAAGAAACCAAGUUCUGACUGGUGAGUGGUGGGGCCGCACACCUCACCUCUCUUCCUACCAGACGGAACAGGUGUUGUGGGGCAGGGACAGAGGGACAUAGCACUGCAGCUGGUGGUGGGGGAAGAGGACAAAGAAGACGGGCAAGUGCCACCCAAAUAUUUUGGGACUGGGACAGUGGCGUAUCCUCAUAUGGGAGACAAAAUGACUUAAAAAUAUAAACAAAACAAAUGAACUGAAAAAAGUCAUCUUCGCCGGUAUUUUUCUGUGACAAUCUGUAGGACUGAGGCCCUGUUUUCCCUCUCCUGUUGCCAGGUACGCUUGCUCGCUGGUGGCUUCAGACACACAUACGCACACAACUCCCACCCAAAAUUGAACACUAGGAUUUGAUCUUUUGAGUAAAUAAAGAACAGAUUAAAAACAUCAGCAAACAGAACACUUUAAACAACAAACCCUGAUGGUUUAGAGGAUGCUUAGUCAUCGCUCAAUUAAGAUUUGGCACUGGGCAUUCUGUACUUAAAAUGACAUGUUCUGCAUUACAUACUGUACAAGGCAAAUGCCAGUUGACCUGUCUCUUAUUUUGAUCACAUAUAUUUGUUGUAAAGAGAGAGUUCUUACUUAACUCCACGUAGCUUAAGGCAUGUUUGCUUUUGCAGUAUUCUUUUUUUAUCUGUUAGGUGGUUUCCUGUCCAGCAAACACAAAGCACUAGUGAUUAUCGAGCUACAUUGUUGUACAGACACAAAAGAGAUUUUAGUUUCUACCUCUGUGUGUCUUUUUUUCUGUUUUCUUUUUAGUCGAAUGGAUGGUUUUGGAUUGAGUUUGCUUAAAUCAAUGUAUAGCUGAGUGCUGAAACCAGAAUGAUUUACACAGACACCCUGUUUGUACUGUAGCAACAUGGAGUUUAUAGGAGGCAUGCUGCUGUCCAAGCAGCAUGGUAGCAGUCAGUGUUUACACGGAGUAGCAGAUAUUGUAGAAUGAGGUUUAACUGAGGGAGAGCCAAACCUCAAAACCAGUCUGAUGGCAUUCUCAGUCAUGAGGGGCCUGGAAGUACUUGCGAUUUCUGUUACCUUCCCAAGUACAUGAAAGUAAAGUUAGGGUAACAGUAAACAGGGUAAAUCAUGUUAAAGCCACUAUGUGUAGAAUUUGGACAUUUCUGACUUUAAAAAGACAUGGAUGUAGACGCACACGCCCACUUGGACCCAGUCUGAUCAGGCCUGGUGAGGUCCUGCUCUAUUACUGCAAGUGUUCAAAUCCUUUACUAAAGUUAAAGUACUAAUACCACAGUGGAAAAAUAUGACCCAACAUGCAAAGGGCCUUCAUUCAAAAUCCUACUUAAUAAAGGUAGAAAAAUUCUAUCAUCAAACUUGUUCUGCAGAAAAAUGGCUCCUCUCAGUGUUACACUGUUAUUACAAUUUUAGAUUACUACAGGUGUAGUGGAGCUUAUUUAACUACAUUGCUUGAUUGCUAGUACAGUGGUUCUUGAUCAGCUGAUCCGUCUGAUUGAUGAGGAAGGAAAGAAAAUGAGUCAUUUUCCAAACUUUUCUCUUAAUUAUUUCUGUUUGCUGAAGGCCAACAACUGACACAUGACAAGGGAACCACUGGUUUAAUCGUUAACAGCGCUUUUAUACAAGGUUAUAAUGUUUUUUAUGUAAACUCUGAAAAGCAACUACUAAGUUUAGCUGUGAAAUAAAUGUAAAAAAGAAUAAAGAGUAUAAUAUUUUUCUCUGAAUUAAAAUGUGUAAACAGUUAAAACUACUAAAUAUGUCAAAACUGAGUCCUUGAGUACAUAUAUUGUAUGUAGCUGCAGAUCUGAGUGUCAGUAUUUUUAAGAUCCGAGUGGAUAUGAGCAGGAUGACUGUCAGCUCCACUCACGUGCACAUUCCAUGCAGGAGAAACUUUAAUUUUUUCACCAAAGAUUGAGAGUGUUUAUAUUAGUUUACUUCAUUUAUUUGUCAAGAACCAUGUAAAAAGACACAUUAAUCUCACAUAAAGAUAAAAGAUGUGUUGCAGAUUUGCUAGGUGAUUUGUGUAAAGUCCACCAAAAAUUAGAAUUACACAUAGUGGCUUUAAAUUAGCAUGCACAGUAAAAUCAGUUGCGGUUACUUCAAAAGUAUUAUGAAUGUGGUUUCUGUAGAAAGUAGCCACCAAAAACAAACUGCACAGAUUGAUUACGGUGUUACACGAAACUGUCAUCAAAUGAAAUCACUGCAAAAUGGGUUUGCGUGAAACGUGGAUAACUGCAAGGCAGAAAAUUAAAUGUAAUUAUACCAAAUAGAUUCCCAUGCUUCACCCUCUCACUGUGACAGUCAACAUGGCACCAAUCUGUUCUGGACUCGAGUCCUGUUCGGCACCUUUCUGUAUAAUCAUACAUUGUCAGCAAGACUAUAUGGCAGUUAACUCCUCAAAGGUUACAGCAGCAGUUGGUCAUACAGUAUCGCUGAGGAGGUAUUAAUGCUGUGAUCCCACACUUCAUAUUAGUGUCAGUGAAAAUGAGGCAGAAUAUGAAUAUAUUUAUUAUUAGAUAGAAACUGUGCAAUCUUCUUUCUUUGAAUCCCUUUUUUGGCCAAAAUGACCACUUUGCAUUUUAAUCAAAUCUUUGCUGAAGUCAAAUGACCACAAAGAAACAACCACCCGACAAAAAUCAAGUCUGUACGGUCAAUCCUCAUACCUGUUCCGACAUGAAACAAGCACUAAAUCAGCUGCAUCCCCAGCCUCAGCAACAGGUGCUGUGUGUGUCUGAGUUGUACGGAGGAUGCAGUCUGCUACUGAAAAGAGACUGAAAAUUCUUGACAGUUCACAGUGUUUCUAAUUGGCAUAUCUCACAUACACCACCUCCUCCUCUGAUUUCAUUAGCUGUUACUGGCCUUUGUGUUCAAAUAUGUGUGGCUGACUAGCUCACAUUACAUAAACUCAUUCAGUUUGUUGUUCCCAGUUACAAAAAGCACUUUAUUUAAGCCAAAAUGUAAACCAAGUAUGUGUGAAAAACAGAUUCAAAAGAUCAGAAUUUAGCAUUUUAAUUUUCUGUGUCACCAAAUUGUAACCUUGAUACUGAAAAUCUGCAAUUAGUAAGUGUAUUACUGCUGUCAGAGCAUCAGAAAGUGUUAGGUUGUUCUGUAGAUUCUUACAAUGUGAGUGCCUCUCAUCCCCAGCCAAGCUCAAGAUAGGAGAUCUCUGCUAAAUGCUCAGCCCUCCUCAGUCCCAACAGGGUUGACCCAAGAUUUCCAAAAUCUUAAAGUCAUGAUGCUUGACUUCAGUGGGAUGGUGGUGCUGAUGAGGAAGACUUUGUUUGACCGGUGUUGUGCUUGUCUCACGUCAAAGAAAUGUGGAUGUAACGUUUAUUGUUGUGUCACACUAGGGUUACUAUCAAAAAUGUUAAAAAAAAGAAAAAAAGGAAAGACAAAACCCUGACAAUCAGGUCUGUAAACUUCCUUUUUAUUUUUUAAAGUGUUCUGUGUUCUCUCCUCUGCCUGUGUCUGUGCAGAACUUUUCAACAAAGCCAUUUUAAUGACAGUAUGGAGGCUGAUGUUUGUGUUCAUUAGAAGGUUCAAUGGGAAGCAGGGGGAUAUUUACUAAGAUUUUGCGGAUCACUUUUUGGCAUUAAACAGUGUUCAUAUUUACUGUCUGCUUUCAGAUUGAGUGCGGUAAAACUCCCUGCUGUGUUUUGGUCAGUGGUGUGAGGGGUUUCAGAGGGGAUUGUUUUAGGCGUGUAUGAUACAGCCAUGUCGUGAUGAGUCGACAUGAGUGGCUUCAUUCAUGUUUCCAGCCCAUGAGGUUCCACUGUGUUUCGGUUAACAAUGCAGCGAACGUAGCCUACGCUACCAGUGUGUCUGCACUGAUAGAUAAAAACCACAGUUUAUCAUCCAGUACCCUAAGUAAUGAAAGUGCAUGACAUGUCAUUAUAGAGCACUAACUGUGGCCCAGAUUCAAGAAUGAAUAGCUGUGAAUCUCAUGGUAACAAAGUAAACAAAAGAGGCUUCUACCCUGACCAUCCCCCAUAUGUGAUUGGUCAGCGCAGCACCUUUGCUGGAUGAUGUCACCGUCCAUUGUGGCAAAAGUUGAACCAGACUCAGCAAAAUAAGGGAAGAGAGAAUGGAAAUUUAUACAAAUACUUUCAGCACCUGAUUUACCACUGCUGUGACAGAGGGAACUACAGCUGAAAUGUUUGCAUCACUCGCCAGAGGAGGAUGUUAGGGACCUUUACAAGCUUUCAGGUCAAACCAGGAGACUGCAUGAGUGCAGUUCCAAAAUAUGUGUGUUGAUUUCUUCAACCACAUUAAAGUUCAGUCAGUAUAGACCGACACUUUCUUCUGUGCGUCCUCUCGGUCCACACAUGCACAACAGCCUACAGGAAGCAGGUCCUAAGCAGAGGUGUAUUCAAAUUAACGCUGCAUAUUAAUUAAUACUCUGCUAAAUUGAAAAAUUGCGGUGCCACAAUAUUUUGCGCACCUGACGAUGUUUUGCUACUGGCUUAAUAAAUAUCCCCCCAAGACUCCAGGACAGCAACUGCUACUCACUGAAUGAUUAUCAACCAGCUAAUUUGUCCUACACUGUGGGAGGAGGAGUGAGAUUAACUUAGCAAAGGAACCGAGCCAUCCUGUGUUUAGCAAGGCCUAGCUUGUUGGGUUAGCACAGGGGUUCACAUCCUGUGAUAGCAGCUGUUGGAGAUCUGUGACACAUGACAGUUGAAGCCAGAGAAAAAUGCCCUGCUUUCCUGGAUGCUGACCACAGACACUGCUACAGCAGUGUUCCACAGCUCCUGGUCCAAACAACAAAGGCACAAUUACUGUCAGCAUCUCCUGAGAGAUUCCCCUCCACCAGUGGUUACAGGUGCCAAGGCUACAAUUAUGAGAUAUCUAACAGCAGGUUGCACACUGGAAGAGAGUGGCUGAUUUAAUUAGAAGUGAGCAGUCACUACAACCUGUUCUAAUUUUAAUUUCCACAUGCAAGUACCACUCAUGUUCUCAUGGCGGGUACACAUGUAGCCAUCUUACUUUGUCCUGUGUGAACUGCAGCUGUG